AUGACCGCCUCAACCCCUUACGCCAAAGAACUCCAGCUUGCCAGCCUAGCCGUACAACGAGCAGCCAUCCUAACAAAAGAGCUACUCUCUGCCGUUGACAAAGGCGCCCUUGACAAGAGCGACGCCUCUCCCGUAACAAUUGCCGACUUCGCCGCCCAAGCCUCAAUAAUUGCAGCCAUCCAUAACGUCUUCCCCGACGACGACAUCGUCGGCGAAGAAGACGCUACAGCCCUCCGCUCAAACCCAGACCUCCUCGCAAGAACCUGGGACCUAGCAACCAGCAUCCACCUCAAUGACCCAGAAAGCGAAGCCCUUCUCCACACCCCAAGUACCACCUCCGAACUUCUCGACCUCAUCGACCUCGGCGCAAAAGGCGCCUGUACCCCCACUAGCAGGACCUGGACUCUAGAUCCCGUAGAUGGAACAGCAACCUUCAUCCGUGGCGAGCAGUACGCGGUCUGUCUCUCGCUAGUCGAAAACGGAGUCCAGAAAGUCGGCGUCCUCGGCUGUCCCAACCUUUUGGAGUCAGGACCCGUCGCUGAACAGCGCGUCGACCGCGACGGUCUCGGCCAGAUGAUCUCAGCCGUUGCCGGACAGGGCGCUACCAUCAGACCUAUGGGUCUGGGAGCUUUGCUGCCGGGGCGCCCGCUUGAAAUUGUCCCGCAGGUUGGGGCUUCCGACGUGCGGUUCAUUGAUACGCGUGCGGCGAAGACGCAGGAUCUUGAGGCUCAUGCACGUGUGGCGGCGGAUCUUGGUUGUCCGUGGCCGAAUCCGGUGGAUUUGUGGUCGGCGCAGAUGCGUUAUGUUGCUAUUGCCGUGCAGGGGGGGUGUAAUGCUUUCGUGAAGGUGCCGCUGAGUCCGGAGUAUCGCUCGAAGAUCUGGGAUCAUGCGGGUGGUAUGCUUAUUGUGCAGGAAUUGGGCUGUCUUGUUACCGACCUUGAGGGGAAACCGGUUGAUUGUUCGCUGGGUCGUACUUUGGCUGGGUGUCAUGGUAUGGUUGUUGGGCCGGCUUCGGUUCAUGGGAGGAUUUUGGAGGCUGUGAAGGAGGCGCGGGGAUUGUGA